GAGAAGCUUCUAACUGCCAUUUUCCACUCAAACCCAGAACAUCCCCAGAAUUAGAAUACUUGAAUCAUGGGUAGAGAAGAACAAACAGAGGAGCGUGAAGUCCUCGACUCCAUCUUCCCCGAAGAAAUUACCGACAUCUCCGAGACCGAAUACCGUGUGUCGAUACAACUCGAAGUGACUGAAGAUGACGACUCUACCGAAUCCCCUCCCACUCUCAUCCUCUCCGUCUCAUACCCAGAAGACUACCCAGAUGUAGCUCCCCGACUAGAUCUCUCAGCACCUCCGAACGCCCCUAAACAUAAACAUCUGGACAUUCAAGAGGACAAGACACGCCUUCUAGAUGGCCUGACCGCAACAAUCGAAGAGAACCUGGGCAUGGCCAUGGUCUUCACCCUUGUCACCACCAUAAAGGACGAAGCCGAACUUUUGAUCGCCGAACGACAACAAGCAGUUCAAGCAGCAAAGGACAUGGAAGCCGCAGAAGCCGAAGCAGAGGAAAACAGAAAGUUCGAAGGUACAAAGGUCACGAGAGAAACAUAUCUGGACUGGAGUCGCAGGUUCAAGGAGGAAAUGGCAGACAUCAAAAAGAAGGCCGAAGAGCAAAGGGAGGCCGAGGAAAAGAAGAAGAGAGGUGGAAAGGAAGAGAAGAAGAUGUCGGGCAGAGAGCUUUGGGAGAGUGGUAUUGCGACCAGAGCCUUUGUCGACGAGGACGACGAUGGUGCAGAUAUCCUGGAGGCGAUGAAGAAGCUCAAGGUCGAGGCAUGAGAUGCCUGUUGAUCAAUCAGUUGAAAAACAAGGAGCUACGCUUCGUUCGACUGACUUCCCGACAAGAAACAGCAACACGGCCAAGGGGUACUCUUCCCACGCUUGACGCCCAAAGGACCGCUGUGGUAAGGGUAUCGCACGACGCCUGCAUCUUGAAGCCCAAGUUCUGUGCGUCAACAGGAUCAUCUAACCAAACGGUCUAUCUGUCACUGUACAUAGAAGGAUUGGACAGAAUAGGACGGCAGACAACCAACAAGUUCACGAUCGUCACGAAAGCUUCUUGCAUCUACCUUGACUCUCGAGGCCAGGGUCAUCAAAAUGUCUUGGUCGCCAUUCACGACUCACAAAAGCUUUACGAUGAGAAAUGCCAGCUUCGAGAAAAUUUCCACAGCCCAAGUUCUCAUCAACCACAAUUUGAAAGGC